GGCGCGUGGGGCGGUGUUUCCUGUUCCGGCGCGCGCCCUUUCCGGCCUCGCGCGCUGCCUCGUCUGGAGCUCGGAGCCGCCGCCGCGCCCAGACCCCGCCGCCAUCAUGCCGGUGUACUUCCAGCGGCCCGAGAACGCCCUGAAGCGGGCGAACGAAUUUCUUGAGGUUGGCAAAAAACAGCCUGCCCUUGAUGUUCUCUACGAUGUUAUGAAAAGUAAGAAACACCGAACAUGGCAGAAAAUUCACGAGCCGAUUAUGCUGAAGUACCUGGAACUCUGUGUGGAUCUCCGCAAGAGUCACCUGGCCAAAGAAGGGCUGUACCAGUACAAGAACAUUUGCCAGCAGGUGAACAUCAAAUCUUUGGAGGAUGUCGUUCGAGCCUAUUUAAAAUUAGCUGAAGAAAAAACAGAAGCAGCUAAGGAAGAAUCCCAGCAGAUGGUACUGGACAUAGAAGACUUGGAUAACAUUCAGACUCCAGAAAGUGUUCUUUUGAGUGCUGUGAGUGGAGAGGACACUCAGGACCGUACUGACCGACUGCUCUUGACCCCCUGGGUGAAAUUUCUGUGGGAGUCCUAUAGACAGUGCUUGGAUCUUCUCCGAAAUAACUCUCGAGUGGAACGUCUGUACCAUGAUAUUGCACAGCAAGCUUUUAAGUUCUGCCUGCAGUACACGCGUAAAGCUGAGUUCCGCAAACUCUGCGAUAACCUGCGGAUGCAUCUGGGACAGAUCCAGCGUCACCACAACCAAAGCACAGCCAUCAACCUCAACAACCCUGACAGUCAGUCCAUGCACUUGGAGACCAGGCUGGUGCAGCUCGACAGCGCCAUCAGCAUGGAGCUGUGGCAGGAAGCUUUCAAAGCAGUGGAGGAUAUUCAUGGGCUCUUUGCGCUGUCUAAGAAACCACCCAAACCACAGCUGAUGGCAAACUACUAUCACAAAGUCUCAACUGUCUUUUGGAAAUCAGGAAACGCCCUUUUUCAUGCAUCUACACUUCACCGCCUUUACCACUUAUCGAGAGAGAUGCGAAAGAAUCUCACGCAGGAGGAGAUGCAGAGGAUGUCUACUCGAGUCCUUUUAGCCACGCUGUCAAUCCCUAUAACCCCUGAGAGAACUGACAUCGCUCGCCUUCUGGAUAUGGAUGGUAUCAUCGUUGAGAAACAGCGACGCCUGGCAACCCUGCUGGGCCUGCAGGCCCCGCCUACGCGGGCCAGCCUCAUUAACGAUAUGGUGAGGUUCAAUGUUGUGCAGUAUGUUGUUCCAGAAGUGAAAGAACUUUACAACUGGCUUGAAGUAGACUUUCACCCGCUCAAGUUAUGUAGCCGUGUCAGCAAGGUGCUGAACUGGGUGAAAGACCAAGCUGAGAAGGAACCGGAACUGCAGCUGUAUGUUCCUCACCUGCAGAACAACACCAUUCUUCGCCUACUGCAGCAGGUGGCCCAGAUUUAUCAAAGCAUUGAGUUUUCUCGUCUGUCUACUCUGGUUCCUUUUGUCGAUGCUUUCCAGCUGGAACGUUGUAUUGUCGACGCAGCCAGACAUUGUGACUUACAAGUUCGCCUUGAUCACACCACCCGGACACUGAGCUUUGGCUCGGAUUUGAAUUACAGUACUAGAGAAGAUGCUCCACUAGGCCCUCAGCUACAAAGCAUGCCUUCAGAGCAAAUCAGGAACCAGUUGACUGCCAUGUCCUCUGCUCUGGCUAAGGCUCUUGCCGUCAUUAAGCCUCCUCACUUACUGCAAGAGAAGGAAGAACAGCAUCAGCUGGCAGUCACUGCCUUCCUCAAGAAUUCCCGGAAGGAGCAUCAGCGUAUCCUUGCUCGCCGUCAGACUAUAGAGGAAAGAAAAGAGCGUCUCGAGAGUCUAAACAUUCAGCGUGAAAAAGAAGAGCUGGAACAACGUGAAGCUGAAUUGCAAAAAGUCCGGAAGGCUGAAGAGGAGAGACUGCGCCAGGAGGCGAAAGAAAGAGAGAAGGAGCGUAUCCUGCAAGAGCAUGAACAGAUCAAGAAGAAGACUGUUCGUGAGCGCCUGGAGCAGAUUAAGAAGACUGAACUGGGAGCCAAAGCAUUUAAAGACAUCGAUAUUGAGGAUCUUGAAGAAUUGGAUCCUGACUUCAUUAUGGCUAAACAAGUUGAACAGCUUGAAAAAGAAAAGAAGGAACUUCAGGAACGUCUGAAGAAUCAGGAGAAAAAGAUCGACUACUUUGAAAGAGCAAAGCGCUUGGAGGAAAUUCCUUUAAUAAAGACAGCGUACGAGGAGCAGAGAGUGCAUGACAUGGAGCUGUGGGAGCAGCAGGAAGAAGAAAGGAUCACCACUUUGCAGCUGGAGCGUGAGAAGGCCCUUGAGCAUAAGAACAGACUCUCAAGGAUGUUGGAGGACAGAGAUUUAUUUGAAGCAAGGCUUAAAGCGUCACGACGAACAGUUUAUGAGGAUAAACUCAAGCAGUUCCAGGAACGGCUGGCAGAAGAGAGGCGCAAUCGUCUGGAGGAACGCAAGAAACAGCGCAAAGAAGAGAGGCGCAUUACUUACUACAGAGAGAAGGAGGAGGAAGAGCAAAGGUUACGAGAAGAACAGCUGCUUAAAGAGCGUGAGGAAAAGGAACGCAUAGAGCGUGAGAAACGGGAGCAGGAACAGCGCGAGUACCAGGAACGCGUCAAAAAACUGGAAGAACUGGAGAAGAAAAAACGUCAAAGAGAAAUGGAGAUAGAAGAAAGGGAGCGUCGUCGAGAGGAAGAAAGGAGAGGUCUGGAUGACCCGUUUUCAAGAAAGGAAUCUCGGUGGGGUGACAGGGAGUCUGAAAGCUCUUGGAGAAGAGGUGGUGAGCCGGAAUCCGAAUGGCGACGAGCACCGCCGGAAAGAGAUUGGCGUCGAGGAGAAGCAAGAGAAGAUGAAAGACCUUUCCGGCGAGGGGACGAUCUGCCCCGGAGAGUGGACGAUCUGCCACGACGAGGCGACGAUCUGCCCCGACGAGGGGACGAUCUACCACGACGUGGUGCUGCAGAAGAGAAGGAACAACCUUCUGCAGAAUCAACGGAGGACAGGCCGCCCAAGCGUGAAGGAGACGAGGACAGGCCACCCAGGCGUGAAGGCGAUGAGGACAGGCCGCCCAGGCGUGGGCUGGAUGAUGAUAGAGGGAGCUGGCGGGCUGCAGAUGACGACAGGGGUCCUAGGCGUGGAAUGGAUGAUGACAGAGGUCCCAGGCGUGGGUUGGAUGACGACAGGCCUCCCAGACGUACUUUGGAUGACGACAGGCCGCCCAGACGUGGAAUGGAUGACGACAGGCCACCCAGACGUACUUUGGAUGAUGACAGGCCACCCAGACGCGGCUUGGAUGAUGACAGAAGCAGUUGGCGUGCAGCAGAUGAUGACAGAGGACCCAGGCGUGGACUGGAUGACGACAGGCCACCCCGAAGGGCUUUGGAUGAUGACAGGCCGCCCAGGCGUGGGCUGGACGAUGACCGGGGCAGCUGGCGGGCUGCAGAUGACGACAGGGGUCCCAGGCGUGGAAUGGAUGAUGACAGAGGUCCCAGGCGUGGGAUGGAUGACGACAGAGGUCCCAGGCGCGGGAUGGAUGAUGACAGAGGUCCCAGGCGCGGGAUGGAUGACGACAGAGGUCCCAGGCGUGGGAUGGAUGAUGACAGGAUGCCAAGGCGCGACGAUGACAGGGGACCGUGGCGUAGUGCAGAUGAUGACAGGCUCUCCAGACGGGAAGACGACAGGGGCCCGUGGCGUGGAGGUGAAGAUUCAAGGCCAGGUCCUUGGAGGCCAUUUGGUAAACCAGGGGGAUGGAGAGAACGAGAAAAGGCUCGUGAGGACAGCUGGGGGCCUCCCCGAGAGUCCAGACCCCCAGGAGACCGGGAAUGGGACCGAGACAAAGAUCGGGAUGAGAGUGAGAAGGACCGUGAAUUUGACAGAGAGAGAGAUUUUGAUCGAGAUGAUCGUUUCAGGCGUCCCAGGGAUGACGCUGGCUGGAGAAGAGGACCAGCUGAGGAAACUUCCAGCUGGAGAGAUUCAGGUCGUCGUGAGGACUGGGACAGAGGUGGUCGUGACAUGAGAGAGCGACGCACUGAUGACAGAGAGCCACCCCUCAGAAGAGGACCGCCGCUCAGAUCUGACCGUGAAGAACCCAGCUCAUGGCGGCGCGCUGACGACAGGAGAGAGGAACGUGGAGAAGAACGUGACACACCUCGGCGAUCGGCUCCUGCUCCCGCUGCUCCUCCAGCUUCUGCUCCCCCACCGGCAUCAAAAGAUCGAGAAAGAGACGGGGAGAAGGAGAAGGGUUCCUGGAAAACCGAAAAGGAACGCGAGCCCGUUCGCCGUACUAAAAACGAGACAGAUGAGGAAGGGUGGACCACUGUACGGCGUUAAGUGAGAAUCACAGGGUUUAACCAAUGUUUUAGCUUUGAUUUGAUCAAAUCCGUGGGAUUAUAUUUGUGCUUAUAAACAUUCUUGAAUUGGAAUUCUUUAACAAACGUUUUGAGGUUACAUGAAAGCAUGAGCUUGAAUUACUUAUCUAGAUUGAUCAUGUGCAAAACUCACAGCAGAAGGUUGGAAAUUGAAAUGCCAAGGUUUGGAACUCCAAGUGAUGCUCUUUUGAGGGGUCAUUGGUUGCUAAAAGGAAAAGAAGCAAGACUGUCUUGAGUAACACUUCUGUCUCACACCAAAACAGGCUUGACCUUGUUAUUUUUAGUCUUUCUUAAUUUGGAAUUGGGGGUAUUAUCGUCACAGACCGUGUGUGUGAACACCUCUCUGUUCACGCAUUAUUGAAAAAGCAGAGAUUCCAUAAUUAGCCAAAAAAGUAGAUCUAAGAGCCCUCUUUUCCAGAGGCAUCUUUGAGGGCAGGCGGUUUCUGAGAGGCGUGUUUUAUCACUAUCUAAAUUCACUAAGUUGUUUAAAUCUGAAUUAAAUCCAAUAACCGUUCUGAGCAUUAGCUGCACUGUAGGUUUACUUGAAUACACGCUGCCUACGAGGCUGUUCUGCAGUAAUGGUUUCAGUUACAUUUUCCUGCUGCAGGAUACAACCGCAAAACAUCAAGCUCUUGCAGUUUCAGUGUUUUGGUAGGCAUACAGGGCUGUAUUUUCCAUUGCCAGUAGCAAAACGGCUGUUUCCAUUACUGGAAAAUUCAUGCCUUUCAAGGAUUUAUUAAUAUCAUCAUAUUUAAAAUGUGUGGGUUUGGCAAAAUUGGUGAAUCUUACCCCAGUUCUUUGUCUUCAGGGUCAAUCCUUUCCAAACAAGUGAUUUGUAGUAAUGGCUUUGAAGUUUUGGCUUUGACUCCGGGGUGUGGUAACGAUGGUUUAACUAUCAGGUCAUGCUGAAGCCAGCACAGAACUUGCUGCUGUGUGUUUCUUCAAUGAUAAAUAAACAACGUAAGGAUCAGCUGCUACAGUGUCUUGGCUUUUUAGUGCCUCCCUGUGGUUCGGUUAAUGCCGAACGGCUGUUGAACAGCUCUUUUCUGGGCACAUACCUAUUCCUGUGCCAGCUGAAGGCGAGCGUGAGAACAUCUGGGAUGGUUUCUGAGAAACUUGGUUUAACUUCAGUGUGUGUGAACAAAAGCUGUGCUACUCCUCUUUCCCAAACACGGUGCAACAUUACCCCUUCUCUGUCAGGCAGAUGUAAAGAGUGAUGCUACCUCCAGUUACGUAUUUUUAAUUUUAACCAGACCAAC